CUUUUUGUCAAUUGUCAAAAUAGUUGUGUACGAAAAUAGCGAAACGAGAAUUUCGCAAGGCCUACCUUCCAGGUUGUUUUUAAUUUAUAAUAAUUCAUCCUAAUAAAUCGAUGAUUUAUAAUGGCCACAACAGCGUAUGAGCAUGAUGCUGAUGGCUGUAAGUUUAUCCCAGCGACGCAACGUCCUGACGGUACCUGGCGAAAGCCUCGGAGAAUCAAGGAUGGAUAUGUUCCUCAAGAGGAAGUCCCCCUAUAUGAGAGCAAAGGCAAACAGUUCAAAGCUCGUCAGAAUACAGGGCUUCCAGUGGGGCUGCCCCCUGAGGUAGCAGCCCAGGCACAGAAGAAGAAGAACAACCCCGGUGUCAUUCAGCCUAUUCCAGGCUUGCUCAUCAAUGUUGACAAAAAGAAGAAGAAAAAGAAGUCAGGUGCUGAUGAAGCAGCAGAGAAACUUGCCAAAUGUGAGAUAACUGAGCCCAACUUCUCUACCCCCUCCCCUUCAACCCCCACCAACUCUGCCACAGACCCAGUGAAACGUCUCAAGAACUUAAGAAAGAAACUCAGAGAGAUUGAAACUCUUGAGGAAAAGAUCAAGAGUGGUCUCCUUAAAACUCCUGAUAAGGAUCAAAAAGAAAAAAUGUCUAAGAAAAAUGACAUUAUCAAAGAAAUUGAACUAUUAGAGAAAAAUAGUGAAUAAGUUAUACCAAAUUGAAUUAAAUUUUAUUGUUGACAAACAAUAUGUCAAUAGAUUGCAUGAAUGUGUUCUCUGAGUGGGUGCAAACUGAUGAAAAUUUCUUUUAUUAUAAAUUAUUUACAAAACAUUUCUUGAUGUAGUUAUUUCUGCAACUCUUCCAAUAAUAUUUUGUGUACCUAUGUACCUAGCACGAGCAGGACAGCAAUUGUGUAUGAUAAUUAAAGGUAUCAUAUAAAUAAAAAGACUUACAUAUUGAAAAUCAAAAACAAAUAUUUAAUAAAAUUGAAAUUCUGAAUUCGAGAUUAAAUUUUACAAAAAUAAAGAAUAAAAUACAGCCUACCCAAUCUUGGAGAUGUCUCUAAUAAUAGAAGUUAUAUUAUCACAUGUUGAAGGUAAGGCUUUGUCUAUUUUCAGACAAAACAUCAUGUAUGUAAUUACCAUCCAUGAACUAUGAAGCUGAUGAAAGGUAAUUUACAUAACAAGUCAAAGAUAUUAUAUUCAAAGGUUUUCCAUGUACUAUAAUGAUACUCGAUAAAAUACUCCUUAGUCUAUGCAGCCAUGUAUAUUUUGUUUGAAAAUAGAUCCUCUUAUACAAAAAAUAUACUUACACUCUACAAUUGCUACAUAUUUGGAUAGCCUUAUAAUGAUAAUGAUGGUAAUAAUCAGAAAUACACUUCCCUCUACAAUUCAUAACCAUUCAUACAAAUUAACGUAUCAUGAUUUAACGAAAUUUAUUUGAACAGUUUGGUUUUUAUUUGUUUUGUUACAAGUUAUUUCAUCACAUAUUUCCAUUUUCAGUGCUUGCAUAUCUGUAAACAGUAGUUUAAAUGAACUCAUUUCUGGCUUGUUGUCUCGCAUAUUUGCCUAAACAUGCAAGAAUCCCAAUACCAGCAAUUCCAAGUCCUAAAACUGUUGCCAAAAAGUCGCCGAAAUCGUAGCCUUGUGCUGCUUCGACAUUUGUUACUGUCAGCAGUGUAAAUAGAAAAACGCACAGUUUGAAAUUCAUUGUUGAAGAUUUGAAGAAAUUAUUUUUGAAUUUUUCUCGCACUUUUCGUUUUGUGUUGGUACUUUUUUUUCUUUUUGUCACGUCAUGCACGACUGAUGUCAAACUCAAAAUGUCAUCUGAAUCUGAUUUUAGGGUUGGGAUCCAGUUAGUAGUUUUGUGUUGCAUUAA